AAUGCCGAGAGCAAUGCCGAGGUUAAGGGUUUGGAUGUCGAUGCCCUCCACAUAUCGCAUAUCCAGGUGAAUCAAGCAAGGAAACAAAGGCGUAGAACCUAUCGUGCUCACGGAAGAAUCAACCCUUUUAUGUCAUCCCCAUGCCAUAUCGAGUUGAUUUUGUCGGAGAAAGAAGAACCCGUUAAGAAAGAGCCUGAGUCGCAGUUGGCAACCAAGUCGAAGAAACCAGUGUCAUCUUAGAGCUCAUAUCCGUUUCGUUCCCAAGUAUCUUUUGUUUCUUCAAAGAGAUUUUUGUUCACUGUCACCAUAGAUGAAACCAUUUGUUUUACCGCAAUUGAUAUUUUUGGAUUUUACGAGACUCUCA